AUGCCUCGGGCGAAGAGGGCGCGCAGGGAGGUCACGCGUGAACAGAUCGAGGCCAUUGAACCAUCCCGCAAGGACUCCAGAACUGAGCACCCGGAGCCUUUCCGGAGGUUCUCAAGGGGAGAGCUCUCCCCCCGAAAAGAGCAACACCAGGUACGAGAUGAGUUGGACCUGCUGUUGGACCCUGAGGCCGACCGGUACAUUGCUUCCCCCUUCGUGCCCGAAAUUGAAGAUUACCCGCUGCCCGCAAAGUUUAAAAUUCCCAGCAUGAAGUCCUACGAUGCAACCACGGAUUCGGAGGACCACCUGUUCGCCUUCCUGACGCAGAUGCGCCUGCAAACUGCCGCGGAUGCGGUCAGAUACAAAACCUUCCCGAUGUUCUUAGAGGGAAAGGCACGUCAGUGGUUCCAGGGACUUCCCCCCAGGUCAAUCCAGUCUUUCACCCAGCUCGCGCGAUUGUUCUCGGCACAGUUCGUUUCGUCGCGAGCUUUCUCCAAAAGUACAGCUCACCUGAUGACUAUUCAGCAAAGGCCGGAGGAGUUCCUGCGUGAAUAUUUGGUAAGUUUUAACAACGAGUCCCUCCAGGUCCGUGACCGAGACGACAAGGUGGUCAUGACCGCCUUCAUCAACGGCCUGCGUAAGCAGAAGUUAUAUACCGAGCUCGUUGAGAGACCUCCCAAGUCAGUUCGGGAGAUGCUGGACCGAGCUCAUAAGAAGGCAAACGCUGAGGAGGCCAAUGCCUGA